UUGCCCAGCGCCGUGUACCAGUAUGAAGCUGAUCGUCCUCGCCUGCCUGGUGUGCGUGGCCCUCGCCGACAAGUCGGCGCGGAUCAGGAACUACCAGUACGGAAUCGAAGAGGACGGUUCCUACAACGCCGAGUACGAGACCACCAAUGGGAUCUCAGCCAACGAGGACGGCAUUUCGUACCCGGGCAACGAGCCGGAGACUGGCAACUACGUAAGGAGAGGCUCCUACUCGUACGAGUGGGAGGGCGUCACCUACACCGUCACCUGGACGGCCGACGAGAACGGCUUCCACCCGGAGGGUGACCACCUGCCCGACUUCAGCCACACCCGCGAGCACAUAGGCAAUGUUGCGGAUCACGAGUAGCGCGUCUCUUGUCAGGGCCCGAUGGUGGCUGUCUUUUCCCUUGUGAUACACUAGUUGCGUGACAUGUCUCGAUCGCCAGUCCCGUUGAGAGAUGUUUGACCGGUGCUGGCCAGUCUGUGUUGCGUCCUAUCGUUGCGUCUCUCGUUACUGAGUGGUGAAAUGUCUGCGCCACCAAUAAACUGUUCCA